AUGAGAAUAAAGUUAUCCACCGAAUGGAAUUGUUGUUCAUCUGAUAUAUUUCAAGAAUCUUCUCCUCACCCUCUUCCAUCUACACAUCCUGCAUAUAAACUUCAUACAAUCAAUGCAACACAAUGGUCACUUUAUUUAUUCAAUAUCAAUUUAAUUUUAACUAAUCAUUCUAAUGAAUCAGAUAAUAGUAAUAGUGUCAUAAUUAAACAUCACCAUUGUACAGAUUCUACUAGUCUUUUACAUCAAUCCACAACAAUUAAACGAUCUACACAUAAUAGUAGUAAUAAUCCUGUUACUUUAGGUGUCAGUGUAUCAAUAAGACGUUUGUCAAAUAAUAAUAUUGAUAACAAUAAUUCAUAUGAUAGUCGUCAUGUCAGCGAUGUAGUUGAUAGUGGACGUGGCUGUAGUAGUAGUAGUUCUUCUACAACUGUUGUCAAUGGUCAACAAUCAAGUGUACCAUCAAUUGAAACAGUUAAUAAUGAUAAUCAUUUACAAGAUACACAAUAUAAUGCUGUUUUUGUACGAACUGUCAUUGAUGGUGGUCCUGCUUAUCAAGAUGGACGUUUACAAGUUGGUGAUCGUUUAUUAUCUAUAGAUGGUCAAAAUUUAUCUGGAUUAUCUACUACUGAUGCACUUAAUCGAUUAAAAUCUGUUAUUGCUAAAGAUUUGAAUAAAUCUCCUAAUCCAUGUGUUCAUCUUUUAAUUGCUCGACCUCGUGAUGGAAUUAAUUCAGAUAAUUCUUAUGCAAAUUCAAUGGAAAAUACAAGUGACAGUACAAUUAAUAAAAGCAUCAAUUCUAAUCAGCGUAAAUCUUCUUCGGAAGUGAUAACAAAAGAAUCACAUGAUGUUAAUAGUGUUAAUUCGAAACCGUUACUAGUCUCUGCUGUUGUACAUUCAUCAGAACCUGUUACAGUACUGAGUGGGAAUUCACAUGCAUCACCUGUAAAAUACUCUUUAUCAUCUAAUACUCAUCGUGCUUCAACUAAUAUACCAGCAUCGUCAUCGUCAUCAUCAUACCAAUCAAACGUACAAAACCGCUCAACCAAUCAAUCUAAUACCUCCUACCCUCUGUGUAUCAAUCACAAUUCUCAGGUUAGAUUUACUAGUUAA